CUUUAAUGCAUGCACUAAAGGUUGUAGUGGAACGCGAGUCCCCAAGCACGUUAAUUGCUGACAGAAAAAAGCAACUUAGCCAAAAAAGUGUUUAAUACAAUAAAAUAAUGCAAGACACAUAUGAAAAGGGUUGGUUUGGUUUAUGAACCUCAUCUUUUUCCCACCCCUUCAAACUUAUUACCAUCUUUCCGCGUUCUGAGGUGUAGACUUUGGUCUCAUGAACCUUCAGUGACUAAACCUGCUUCUUGCCUCCUUCUUUCAAGAAGGGUUGCACACUAUAGUUUGUAGUGUAGUGUGUGUGUUUAUAGUAACUUCACUUUAAGGACAUUGUCCACUUGAGAUUUAUUUUGUAACUGAUAAGCAGUAAUUGAUCACAACAUGAAGAUGGUUUCUGGCUUCUUUGUUUUGCUCUUGGUGGUUGGAGCAACUCUGUCGUUCCUUAACUUCUUAAGUCCCACUUCUGCCUCAUGGUUUCCCGAUUUCAUUGCUACCAACUGUGAUGAUAAAGCCACAUCGAUUGCAGUAAGCAGGAAACUUAAGGAAAAUGGCAGUGGUACUAUCAAAAGCAGCUCUUACAAUAAGGAUGAUAUAGGUCAAGUGACUCUGGAUGAUUACAAUCCCAUUGAUCCAGUGCCAAGUUCAUCAAAGGCAUCUAUAAAUCCAGGACCUAUUGAGCAUGGAACCCCUCUUAAUCCAUAUAUUAUCCCAAAACCUUCACCUCCUAAUCAUCCUAAGCCUGGAGAUUCUAACUAACUUGCAGCUCUCAUGAUGCAUUCUAGUGACUAUGCUCAAAAGAGGAAUGCUAAUCACACUCUUUUUAACAUUUUUCCUAUUGUGGGGUAAGAGAUUGUUCAAAAGUGUGUCGGUAGCACUUUUUUUUUUGCAGUUUUCACACGUUUAGUCAGCUUUUUUGUACAUUGUUAUGCUCAUAUUCUGUUUGCCAGACUCUGUAAUCCUAGUUUUCUCAUGUGCUAGUUGUGAGAAAGAGAAAAUUGUGCCUUUAGGCAUCCUCUGUAGUGGCCAAUGUACGUACUAAGAAGGAUCAUGCGGAUCCCUAUGUUUGUUAGUUUGUGUUUGUGCAACUUCAGCUAAUGUUUAUUUUUCCUUCUCUUUUGAUCCUUCU